CGAAUUUGUAAAUUGCAGGCAAAUAUUAACACAGCUUUUCAAUCAUUAAAUUUAUGGUUAUACGACAACAAUUUAAUAUAAUUAAUAGCUUCCAUCGUGUAUUCAUGUGAUUGGUCGUUCAUUUCAACAGGACGUGCAUUAAAAAUAACAGAAAUAUACGUGUAAAUGAAUCUAUAAUUCGAUAUCAACGGUGUGGCUAUUUCAUUUCGUUUUUUAAGCCAGAGUUGUCCGGUAAAAACGUUAGAAAUGAAUCCAUUUGUGACGAUAAGUCUUUUGGUUUUAGUUUUACCUAGCUAUCUGUUUUUGCUCGUGCUUGGAUCUCACUUAAAUAUCAAAGAUCUGCCUGGUUAUGAAAAAUGUUUGUCAUCAAGCGGCUUGGAAGAGAAGGACCUGGAAACUGCGAAUAACUCCAAAGAAAUGAAGUGUUUUGAUAAAUGUCUGUUAGUUGAACAAGGUGAUACAAUUUGUGAAAAAUGAACUCUCAUAAUUAUAGGCUAUAAAAGAAGAUGGUACAGUAAACAUGGAAAACUUAUUCGAUGAAAAAUAUGCAGGCCAUGAAUUUUCCCCAGAAGAAAGGGAGAUUCUAAAUAAAUUGAGGGAAUGCGUGAAAGAUCAUGUCUUUAAAGAGUGUGAAGAUAUAGAUGAAAUAGACAGGUGUUAUAAGAAGAUUUUGGCAGAAAGGAAGCAAUAAGCUGCUAUGUUAUUAGUUCAAAGGUCACAAGCACUAAAUAGUAUUAUACUUUAAUUAUUGUAGGAAGAGUAUUUCUGGAAUAUAUAGUAAAUAUACUAUUUUUU